GAUUGAGGAACCAUCGACCGGCGAAAAAUCAGUGUCGGACCCGACGGUAGCCGCCCGCCCCGGGGAGGAAGAGUACAAGCGACGCUACCAACACGUGCUGGACGUCGCCGACUUGUGCGCCGAGGACAGCAGGUGUCGAGUUCUGGAGUAGCGCGCGCGCGCGCGAGAGAUCGCCCUCUCCCGCCCGACGAAUUUAAAAGGCAGACGAAUCGCGCAAUUAGACGCGAUUAGUCUCGCGCGAGGGAUCGACGAGGCGGCGCGAGAGGAAAGGAGCCCGUAGUAGCCGCUCGUGGCCGGAGUGUUUUCUCGGGAGCGAAAGGUACCUGUCGCGAGAGAGCGGUCAUGCGACGGAGCUUACGCUCGGAGUCUCACCCGAGUCCUCGUUGAACGUCGUCCGCGCGCGCGGGAAAGCCGGGGAUUCGAGGAUCUUCGGCGGACGAGACGCGGCGGGGAAAUACGCACGCGAGUCUGCCAUUCGUUCGCCAAGUGUUGACGAGUGUUUAGUGCUCAGCGGAUAGGAAAGAAAGAGGAGCGUCCUUCCACGCGGAGGACACACGCCAGUGGAUAUUCGGUGUUGGUGCGCGGACCGGAAGGAUCUGCGGAGUGCAGUGUGCCGAUAAUAGAGAUCGAUAGUAUUCGGUGAGAGUGGUGAGAAAAAGAGGGAGAGAGAGCGAGCGAGGGAUACGCAAACGGCGUGACGACAGGACAGCGGAGGAUCCACCGAGAGGAGUGCUCGAGGGAGCGGCCGAGGAGUAGCAGCAGGGGAUAUCGAUGAUAUGCGGUAGUCGAGGGAUUCCCCAGGGAGAGACAUGAGGGCGGCCGCCACCUACGUCCUGUUCCUUGCCCACCUCAUACAGGCAACAACCGCGAGCGGAUACUUCGAGGUGCAGAUCCUCUCGCUGACGAACAACAGGGGCACCCUGGUGGACGGUAGAUGUUGCGGCGGGGGAGGCGGGGGCGGAAAAGGAGACUUCCCGCCCUGCACGACGCCCUGCUCGACGGCCUUCUGGCUCUGCCUCAAGGAGUACCAGUCGAACGUCACCGCCAUCGGCUCCUGUAGCUUCGGCAACGUAUCUAGUCACGCCCUCGGCCCGAACACUUUCACCCUCACCGACCCCGUCACUCUGCAACUUCACUUCACUUUCCGAUGGACGAGGCAGUUCACGUUGAUCCUGCAGGCGAGGGACGAGGUGAGCGCCGGCGUGAUUGAGGAAGCGAGUUACAGCGGCAUCGUCUUGCCAGGACCCACGUGGCACACUCUCAAUCAUCAAGGGAGAAACGCUCACCUGGCGUAUCGGGUGCGGGUCCAGUGCGCCGAUCAUUACUACAACGCGACCUGCACCAAAUUCUGCCGACCUAGAAACGACAUUUUCGGCCAUUACACCUGCGACGAGAACGGGGACAAAGUGUGCAUACAGGGAUGGAAAGGCGUCGGCUGCGAGACAGCCGUGUGUAAGGAGGGCUGCCAUCCGAUACACGGCCACUGCAACGUCAGCGGCGAGUGCCAGUGCCGUGCCGGCUGGCACGGCGAGCUCUGCGACCAGUGCAUGGUCUAUCCGGGCUGCAAGCACGGCUACUGCAACGGCUCGAGCUGGCAGUGCAUCUGCGACACCAACUGGGGCGGGAUACUGUGCGACCAGGACCUCAACUACUGCGGCACGCACGAGCCGUGCCAGAACGGCGGCACGUGCGAGAACACGGCGCCCGAUCAGUACCAGUGCACGUGCCCGGAGGGCUUCUCCGGACCCACGUGCGAGAAGGUCGACAAUCCGUGCGCGUCCAGCCCGUGCCAGAACGGCGCGACCUGCCGCGAGCUCGGCGAGACCGCGCAGUGCCAGUGCGCUCCGGGCUUCACCGGGCCGUUUUGCGCGACCGACAUCGACGAGUGCGCCUCGCAGCCGUGCCAGAACGGCGGUACCUGCGUGGACGGCAAGAACGGCUUCGCCUGCAGCUGCCCGCCCGCCUGGCAGGGCGUACUCUGCCAGUUCGACGUGGACGAGUGCACGCUCAAGGAGUCGCCCUGCAAGAAUUUCCUCACCUGCAUCAACCUGGCCGGCGAUUACAGGUGCCGAUGCCGGAGCGGCUUUACCGGCAAGAACUGCACGAAGAAUAUCAACGACUGCGUCGGCCAGUGCCAGCACGGCGCGCUCUGUAUCGAUCUGGUGAACGAUUAUCACUGCAGCUGCAGCCCCGGCUACUCCGGCAAGGACUGCGACGUCGACAUCGACGAGUGCGCGUCCAAGCCGUGCCAGAACGGCGGCGAAUGCCGCGAUCUGGUGAACACCUACGAGUGCGUGUGCCCGGUGGGCUUCACCGGCUACCAGUGCGAGAUCGACCGCGAUCACUGCAGCCCGAACCCGUGUCGCAAUUCAGCGCCGUGCUUCAACACGCAGACCGACUACUAUUGCCACUGCCCGGCACAGUGGCAGGGCAGAAACUGCUCGGAGCCGGCCUCGCACAAUCCGCAGUUCGGCGCGCUGGACGACGGUCAGUCGGGCUGCGGCAGCGAAGGCACCCCGUGCGGCGGCAAGGGCCGGUGUAGCGGCGGCAGAUGCAUCUGCGACCCGGGCUACACCGGCGUGCACUGCCACGAGAACAUCAACGACUGCCGCGGAAAUCCCUGCCUGAACGGCGGCACGUGCGUCGACCUGCUCAACUCGUUCCAGUGCAUUUGCAGGGAGGGCUGGAGCGGGGAUCUUUGUGACCAAAAUGUGGACGAAUGCCUGACGCAGCCUUGCCGCAACAAUGGUACCUGCGUGGACGGCGUGGCGGACUUCACGUGCAUCUGCCAGGGUGACUGGAAGGGCAAGACGUGCGCGCUGCGCCGCGGCCACUGCGAACCGGGCACUUGCCGGAACGGCGGCACCUGCCAGGAUCGCGGCGACGGCUUCACGUGCCACUGCCCGCGCGGGUGGGAGGGCGCGGCCUGCCACAUCGCGUCGCCGUCGGCGUGUACGAGUAAUCCCUGCGCGAACGGCGCGACCUGCGUGAACACGGUGGACGGCAGCUACCGGUGCGUUUGUCGCGAGGGCUUCGAAGGACCGAACUGCCGGCGCAACGUGGACGACUGCCAGCCGGUGCCGUGCCUGAACGGCGGCAAAUGCGUGGACGGUGACAACUGGUUCAGAUGCGAGUGCGCGCCCGGCUUCACCGGGCCGGACUGUCGCAUCAACGUGAACGAAUGCGCGAGCGAUCCGUGCACCGGCGGUGCCACAUGCGUGGACGGUAUCGCGAGCUACUCGUGCGUCUGUCCACCCGGUAGAACCGGCCCGCGAUGCGAGAUCCGAACUGCCGGUGGGCCCGGUUGCACGGCUGCCACGUGGGAGGACGACUGCAACGUGUGCGAAUGCCGGAACGGCAAGAAUCAGUGCAGCAACGUCUGGUGCGGACCGGGCAACUGUCUGAACGGCACGUCUUGUUUGGCCCACGAGGUCUGCGUUCCUAGUCCAGGCGAGAGUUGCCUGGCGCCGCCGUGUCCGGCGUGGGGCGAGUGCCGUCCUAUCGAAACUGGGAGGCGAGUCGGCCCGCCCGCGCUACCAGCUCCGCCGUCCUGCUGGCCCGGACAGUCCACGCUCGGGCCAACUUGCUCGAGACUUACGAUACUACUGCGAAGGGACACCUUGGCGCCUGGCACGUCGGUGGAACUGAUGUGCCGCCGUCUGAGGAAGCUCCUGGCCGAUCCACGGAGGCCGCAGUCGGUGGUGCUGCUGUGCGAUCUGAAGCCCGGCGACAACGAUACGGUCGAAGUGACCAUCUUCUCCGAGGCGGCGGCAGACGCGGCCCGCGACCUCGGCGAAACGCUCAGUCGUCCGCUUGCCAGGCCUCUCGUUUUGGCCUCCGUGCUGGAGGUCAAAGUAGAGACGGCGCUGCUUAGCGAGCCCAGUGCGGCGAGCGCGGCCAAUGCCGGCGGCUACGUGGCGGUUCUGGGCGGCGCUCUGGCAACCGUGCUGUUGUUGGCACUGUUCGGUAGCCUCUGGUACCUCAGAACUAUGAGGCACAGGUCGAACUUGACGGCGACUACCAGCAGCGAAACCUCGUUGCAUCGCCAUCGCAGCGAUCUGGACGAAAAAUCCAACAAUCUUCAGAACGAGGAGAACCUGAGGAGAUACGCCAAUCCGCUCAAGGACCAGGACUCCGAGCCUCGCGUGUCCGUCGUGAGGCCUUUGUCGGGCACACCGCUCGGCGCGUUGACCGGCACCGAGGAGAGUCUUGAAAUGGUAUCUGAAGAAGGUAGACAUCGUUUGCCGCCGCUCUACAAACCGCCCAGCGCGGAAGCCAGGAACAAUACGGCCAGUUUUAGCUACGAGGAAGGACCGCACAAGCCUUACAGCAAGCCCAGACUGCAGGAGCCGCCGUACCCUCAUCAGCAGCCAGGUACCAGUCAGACGUCGGGGCCGCAUCAAGUGCUAACGGUACACGUGUAAUUAAAUAUUGUUAAAAUUAUGUGGAAAAACUGUUGGAUAGAAGUGUCGGUGAUUUUCUUGAUUUUUCUCGCGUACAUGACGCACUAAUGAAAAUGCUUAGGGACUAAGAAGGUUAGAGACUGAACUUACUUGGACGAUCUGUUUGUUUUUUUUUUUGUGAUAAUGGGACAUGUGACUCUCGAUUUCGAGAUAACUUGAGACGGCUCUCUCUCCUGAGGUUCUUCUUCAUGAAAAUUGAACCAAUGUCUAGAGUAUAUUAGGGACAAACGCAGAGGAAAAGAAAGAGAACGCACGAUUCUUACAGGGCUCAGCAAUACGAUUAUGCUAAGGUGACGCAUAAAUUCUCAAUGCCUUCGCGAAGCGCAUCCUUUGAGGAUCGCUUCGUCCAUAGUAUUAUUAGAAUAUUAAACUUGUCAAAUUCUGGAUAAUUGUACAAAAAACGUUUGCGCGAUUUUCAGAUUGAACAUUUAGAGAGCAAUUGAAAUCUACUUCCUCUCUUUUUCUCCUUGUCCGACCCUCUCGCGUUUCUAUACGACGACAAUAAGCGAUUGACAAUUAUAAAUAAUUUUAAUGAUAAUGAUGAGUUGUUAUCGUUGUACAUAUGUACAUAGCUCGUACUUAUUAAUUUCACUAAGCCUGUAUUUCCUUUGCAUCCUCUCCGGCGUUGCCAUUCCUCCCCCUUAUACGCGCCUUUUUAUAUGUUUACACAUAAUCCUGUACUCUUUUGAUAUUAUUAUAUAUCGCCAUUGUUAGCAUUUUUAUUUUCAUAAUUUAAAAAAUAGGAUGGCACCGUCGCACCUACGAGAUGUAUUGUACGUUUGUCAAGUAUAAUCGUCGAAGCAAAGCUGCGUUUCAAUUAAGGCCAAGAUGAUACGUAAACGGUACGUAAACGUAACGUGUAAGUGAAAUUUCACGAAAGAUACAAAAGUUUCCUUAGGUUCAUCAUUUUGGGGGACUAUUGCGAUUGAUACGUCGCGCAGACAAUCGCUCGAUCAUCGUACGUGAAAGUGUGCUUUGUAUGAUGUAACGUGGGCUUCAAACGUUCCUUCAGACGAUAUUAUUGUGAUACUCAUAGAAGAAACAACGUCAUUGUAUAGCAUUACUAUGGUACUCCGCGUGUUCAUUUACUUCAACACUUGCUCGAGUUUUAUUUUCGUUUCUUCGCGAAGAUACGACACGUGAUUUCUACGCGAUGUGAGAUACUGCCAUUGCGAGAGGAUGUGCUAAAUCGCGACGGCACAUUUGACUUGUAAAGAACAUAUUAGCGGCGUAAGUGUAAUAUGAUUUAGAAACGUAUUCGAGCGCGGAGUAAAAAACGAACGAUGUACAUAGUGACGCUAUUGCAUCGUGGAACGAUGUAAAUAAAUCCAAGUACACAUGUCCAGAUCGUUCUCAUCCCCAGUCAUUAUUGACCCCGCCCUUAGAUGUGCAAUUUUCUCUCCUUUUUUUUAUACUAGCGUCUCCCGCAUCCCCCAGCGAAGUGUCCGGCAACAGACUAGUUUAAACUAAGAAGUAUAGCUCGUUUUAGGCGUAUACAUAGAUUUACAGCAGAGGAAGGAACAAAGUUUUAUAAUAGAUACUUUAUUUUGUAGAGAAAGCUAUAUUAUUGUACGAAUACAUAUAGAAGAGAGUGAGAGACGAAUGAAUAUAUAUAUAAAUAUAUAUAUAUUAUAUAUUAUUUUAUAUUUUAUAUAUUAUAUUAUUUUUAUUUUAUUGCCUCGUAUUAAUUAUUUCCAGAUCAUAAGCAAUAGUUGAUCAUUGUCAUGUAAUUUGUUUCGUUCGCUCCCGUCGGCUUCUAAAGCCGACGGCGGUAAAGAUCUGGCAAACUAAUGCUUUUGGUCUAAUCGACGGUAAACAAUUAAAAAGCAUCCACGCGUUGUG